GGAUUGCCUCACACAGAUGCUGACCUUCAGAAGUGCCAUAACAAGGUGGUGAAGAUGGUUCGAAGCUUGGAGAAAAUCAAAGAGCCUUGUCAGCAGCGUCCAUCCUGAGGUAAACUUAAGAUGCACAUGAUGCGACUAUACUUUCAGAAGCGUCUGCAAACCCUGCAGUCUGAUCUAAAAGAGCUGCGCAAUUUGAUAGACAGCUGUUUGGUUUGGGAAAUCCAUGGGAGAGUUGAAGCCUCCUCAAGCAGCAAUCAAGCUGCUUCUGGAGCGAGAAGUUUUGUGCCAAUGCCGAUCGAGGACCACAUAUAUGGGAUUGACGAGGACGUCACAGUGUUGAUAGCGACUCUGGAGUCUUCCAACGGACCGGACAUUGUGUGCAUCCAUGGCAUGGGUGGUGUUGGUAAAACUACUCUUGCAACUCAGAUUUAUGAUAGUGGAGAGAUCAGGCGGGAGUUCAGACAUGGAGUGUUCUUUAUGCCAUGCGGGCAGGAUAUGCCUGCACAAGCUUUGAUUGAUAAGUUCUGGACAAGGAUGCAUGGUCAUGCUCUUGACACUUUCUACAGUGACUUAGAGCAAGAGUCAAAACUGAAAACAGCGUUGCAGGGAAAGAGAGUUUUGAUAGUGAUAGAUGAUGUCUGGCACACUGAACAGAUUGCAUGGACGGAGCGCAAUUUCCCUACAAGAUGUGGAAUUAUCAUCACAACAAGAGACAGAGAUAUAGUAAGAAAAGCAACGUUGACUCAUCUGGUCGAGCCAUUAGGAAGGAAGGAAUCCUUCGAGUUUUUUUGCCAGUGGGCUUUUGGAGGGAAGGACCCUAUACCUGAGCUGGAGGAAGUGGUGAGGAAGGUGUGCGAGAAGUGUGAUGGGAUGCCUCUUGCACUUCGUGUCGUGGGGUCCAACAUUUCACCAAGACACAAAGACAUUGAGUUUUGGGAGAGUUGGCUUGAUUUUCUAGAAAGAUCAAACCCAUCCCAAGCGCACUCAGGUGCGAAUUGCGACAUCAAGAACCUUAUUAUGAAAGUUUUUGAAAGAUCCAUCAAUCCACUUGCUGACACAAGCAAACUGGAUCUUUUGGACAUGUUUCUCGACCUGGCCGCACUUCCUAAAGACCAUUUUGUCCCAAUUGAUGUGAUCGAGGUACUAUGGUCAGUGUAUCCAUCUGUUGGCAAUAUGCAUACAGCCAUGGAGCGGUUGAGGACGCUCAUCAGAUUAAAUUUGGUCGAUGAACGCAACAACAUUAUUGUAGGUGUCAAUUACAUUGGUUUGCAUGAUAUGAUCCGACAACCAGCAAUUGAUGUGACAGCCAUGUCGAAGACAGCCCCACCUGUUGUGUUGGGGCGGCCAAAUGACCAUUGGAAUAAUGGCCGUUUUGGGGACUUGCAGGAAUCUCAGAUCACUUGUGAGUCCGCUCAGUUAGAGCGAAUGUUCAUUACAAAGUACCAGACCGUCGCACCAGAUGCGAAUCGCUGUCUGCAUGCAAAAAAGCUUAUGUGGAUAGGGUCUAAGCCAUCAGCUCAGGAAAACAUUUUUUCAUCAUGUACUGUAAUGCCAAACUUGGUCAGUUUCUAUUGGUCCAUAUUUCACGACCCCAAAUUCUGUGCUCGAGCAAGCGGUGGCCCAAGGGCAGAAGAAUGUGAUUUGUCAGUUGGGCAGUUUUUGGUAAGAAUCUGCAAAUUGGAUGGCAGUUUCCAAUUGUCUUGGGAACGGUGUCUAGAAUUUUUAUCUGGAAAUAAGGAGGUGCAUGAGCGUUCAUCCACUGCACAGUUUCUGAAUAGAAUCCGGGAGAGCAGAAAGCUGCAGGUCAUGAUCUUACUCCAUUUUCCAGAGCCAGGCGCAAUCCCGGACGACUAUUUCUCAUCGUUUCACGAUCUUUGAGCUUUGUGGAUAUUGUUUUCUGUCGGCUAUCCCAGAAUAUGUUUUCCAUCUUCAAUCGGAUGCCUACAUCGACUGCAGGUGCUCAUCCUAACCGUCCCCAAACGGAGUGGGAGACUUUUUUGUUGAACUCACAUCGAUGGAGCAGCUCACUCAAUUAAGAGUCUUGAAAAUGUACAGAGUUCACUUUUCCUGCAAUGGCGCUGACAGACUAGUCCUGCCCAAACUUUUGCAAUCACAGUUCGUAGAGGAUUUCAAAUCCAACUGUGUUGUGGCUUGGAUGAUGAAGUUGGUGGCGAUUCUCUAGAGGAAUGUUUGAGUGAAGUUUUGGAUGAGGCAAUUCCGAAAUCGUCUUCUAUCGGAGAAUUGACCAGGUUGCGAUCCGUGCUACUAACCGGUUUGAGAACAAUCAAGACAAUUCCUGAGG